GCUGUGACUCAGAGGUUCCUAUAAAAUAAAGCUCUUCAAUGUGCCACGCUCAUCAACAAGUGGACAAGUGGAGCAGAAAACCUCUGAACUGCAUCUGAUAAAGGGCAGCUGGACCAGCGAAAUCAGCUGGCUGCAGAAAGGAAGAUGAAAGGCCUGUUCUGGGUGACUGUGGUCUUCUUCCUGUCUGUUGAAAACACCUCGGCUGCUGUAGACCAGAAAUGGCUUACAGAUAUUGUGCAAACCAUCAAGAAUAAGUAUCAGUUGGGUGACACUUCCAGUUGGGCUGUAAAUAUACCACAGAACCAAGAUCCAAGCCAUCUGAUGGAAGUUCUGCAGGAAGACCCACCAGAUGCAGUGAAAAUAGCAGUUUCAAAGAGUGACGUGUAUCAAGGCAAAAGAAUGACAGUAUCAACACAGUCAGUUGCAAUACCCCAUGUGCUAGAGAAAAUAAAAGUGAGCCAAACAGGAAACCAGGGCAACACCAUCAUAAUCUAUUCUGAAAAAUACCAAAAUAUAAAUGAGAAUGGCAUUGCUGCCAACAUUAACAAAAUCAUUCAUAGUUGGGGACGUUACGCCUUUGUAUUUUCCAAAGUAGUUGAUGUUGCUGAUGCUGGGAUACCUGCCAGGGCUGAGCUCUUUAAGCAGCAGGAACUUUCCAAAUUUGGGCUAGAAAAUAUAUUUCGUUGUUAUGAACCUGGUGGUUCUUUCCAGUGCACAAGCUGCGGCUAUGUUGAAAAUGUUGCUCCUUCUUGUCUUGUAAACACACCACCAUCAAAUGACGUCACAGAGUUGGAAAAACGCAGAUUUAAAGAAGCUAGAGGAGGUGGAAGGAAGAGGAGAGGAGGAAGACGUAGGAAAGGUGGCAAGGUGCAGGGAGGAGGAAGACGUAGGAAAGGUGGCAAGGUGAAGGGAGGAGGAAGACGUAGGAAAGGUGGCAAGGUGCAGGGAGGAGGAAGACGUAGGAAAGGUGGCAAGGUGAAGGGAGGAGGAAGACGUAGGAAAGGUGGCAAGGUGAAGGGAGGAGGAAGACGUAGGAAAGGUGGCAAGGUGCAGGGAGGAGGAAGACGUAGGAAAGGUGGCAAGGUGAAGGGAGGAGGAAGACGUAGGAAAGGUGGCAAGGUGAAGGGAGGAGGAAGGCGUAGGAAAGGUGGCAAGGUGAAGGGAGGAGGAAGACGUAGGAAAGGUGGCAAGGUGAAGAGAGGAGGAAGACGUAAGAAAGGUGGCGAGGUGAAGGGAGGAGGAGGAAGACAUUCAGGAGACAAUGUGGGAACAGUAAGAACAUGUAAAAUGCGUAAGAAGGUGGGAGGAGGAAGUAGUAUUUAAGGUGGCAAUGUGGGAAAAGGAAGAAGACGUGCCAAAGGAGGCAAGAGGGAAAGAGGAGGAAGACGUGCAAAAGGUGGCAGGUCAGGAGGAAAAAGAGGAAGAUGUGGAAAAAUGUCAUAGGGUAAAAGGAAAAGGUCAUAUGAAAUAUGGUAGGGUGAAAACAGGCCAAAUAUCUAAAACCAGAAAAUAAGAACAAAAAGCUGUCAUGGGUUUUGAGGAUACAAUAAAGCAGCUUUGAAACCAACAAAGUAUUGACCAUUCUUAAUUUUUAAAAUCUAAUACAUUCAAGUAAAAAAGUUAUUUUCAAUAAAAUAAUGUUGCCAUAUAUGCCUAUUUUUUAAAAAGCAAUUGAACAUUGUGUUACAAUUGAACAUUGUAACACAUUGUUUGCCUGCAUUAAAAGUAAAAAAAUAAACUUAAAAAUGUGUUGUUUGUGGUUUUGUACAGAAAACUACUUAGCCUUGCUUUUGUACAUGUAAACAGUUUUAAAAUGUGUGUAAAACCUAACAGAAACUGUUCACUGCAAUAAGAAAAGCAACUAUUUUGUAAUUCUAUUGCUUUAGAAUGAAUAGCAUUGGUGUUGUCUUGUCACCUGGGUUUUAGCUAGUCACAGCCAUAAAAAGUACCAGGGACUAAUGUACUAUAGAUCAAAUUCCUGUGGGAAGAAGUCAGGUGCAGUAUGAGGUUGGUGGCAAUAGCAGGGACCAAUGCAUGCUAAUUCUGGGCAUUGCAAAAAGGUUUUUGAGUCAAAGGUUUUGGGUGCUAUCUUGCUAGAUACCAUGUAUCUAGCAAGAAAGACACGUAAGUUGUGCUUCUGGGGGCAGUAAUGUUUGUCUGGAGAAAAAUGAAUCUACCAGGAAGGUUGUGAUAAGGAGGAACAGCUUCCCCAAAUUGAAUCUGAGCUUUGCUGGCAUGGGAUGCCCAUAGCAGACGUGUGUUCGAGCACAAGGUGGUUCAAAUGUGUAUUUUGUAUCCUGUCAUUGGUCUACUGGUCGAUUUUGUAAUCAUCAGACUUGUGGUAUUAGUUCAUCUAAGGACCGAGCUAUCAACUGAACACCACCUGUUAGUGAGUUUCAUCAACUGGCAGGGAGGCUAUGGGCAGACCUGGGUCUUGUUUGUGAAAACAACGAGUAGUGGAAGUUAUCAAGCUAAAGAAGGAAGUCUUCAGGGCUUCGCUGGGGAUUCCUGAAACAGCUGGCAGGUAUGGUCAGACGACCUGCAGCUUCUGUGGUCAAGGAGGCAAGAAUGUAGGAAUAUGAGGAAUUUAGAAAAACUUUUGUUUGACAAACAAGGAAAUUCUGUAACUUAGAAAGAAAAAUAGGUUUGGUUUUUUGUUGGGGCUGAAGCCAAUGAGAUGACAGAAGUCACUGAGGGAAUCAAAACAAAUUACCGGCACCUAGUUGGUAAAAGACAUGCUGAAGGCUCUGGACAUUGUGGGGUUGUUGGUGUUGACCUGCCCUUGCAGUGUUGCAUGUGGGACCAGGACAACAUUUUCAGUGGUGAUGGUCCAAACUUUCAAGAAAGGUAUCAGAACAGUGUGCUCCAACAAUUCUCAUGCAGGGCAGUGUGCCUUGAGGACCAGGGUUGGGAAAUACUGCAUUACACCACUUCUGCUACAUUUAACAUAUAAACAGGGACAUUAGCCUUUCUUGCACGUGUUGUACUUGUACUUAACAAACUGCACUACACGCACUUCAUUAAGUAUUCGGGUGUUGCCUUAAUUUGAAUCUCUUGAAGUAAGUUGAUUGUGAUAUCUCCGCUUCUGUUUUCUGGAAGUUGUGAACGAUAUUAUUCACAGUUGUUUUCAAGGGAUAUUCUUUACAUCCUGACGUCAUGCAUAACUUGAAUGACACAAUGACCCGCAAUGAAAAUAAAUGUUCAAGUUGAGAUUCUGAGCCGUUUUUUGGAACCACCACAGCAGUAUUGCAAGCCGGGUCAAACUAAGUGUUGCACAAAAUCAAUUUCUUUCUCCAGCCUUGCCCUUCACAUAUUGUAAUCCUUCAAAAAAUUAUCUUGUAUAUUUUUAAUGUAGUUGUAAAGCUAAUCAUUUAAAGCAGCAUUCAUAUAAGAAUGUUUUUUGACAUCUAGUAUGAGGGUGAUUUUAUGUUAAAUCUGUUGAUUCUACAACACACAUUUAGAGUUAAUUGAGUAAUUUUUAAUCAGCAUGGAGAUUAAACUGCUUUUCUAAACAACCAACAUGCACAAAUGCAGAAGUUUAAUGCAGCCGUUGUUGCAUUUUAGGACAUAUUUUGCUGCAUCACAUGCAUUCUGACUGAUAUUAGUAAAACAAGCGAUGUGCAGUAAUACUGAAGGUUGCGAUCAACAAUAUGUUGAUAUGGACAAUAUCAUGUCAAAGCUGAUCUGAUGGAUUGAGAUCUGCUGACUAGAAAGACCACUGAAGUAUAAUAAUCCUAUUGAUAUAUUCCAUGCUUUAAAACUUCAAACACAUAGCAGAUCUGUGAAAAUGUCGGGUAAUAAUAUAUGCAAACUUAUGACCAUUAACACUUUGGUGCAAGGACGCCUUUAUUGAAUGAUUUGCAAAUGUAUUGCUUUAAGUGAAAUACUUUUACACCUUUUUAAGUUCCUCUUCCCUGAGUUAAGUGGUACAAAAUACAAAUAAUUGAAAGAGGAUUAUUCAUCGUGCAUAUAUUCUUAUUACACCAAAUAUACCAAGACCCUGAGAAGGAGUAUGAUAAAAACUUUUUUUUCUUGCUAAACACAAGUAAGAUAUUUUUGAGCAAUCCAUUAUUUUAGCACAAUUCUAGUAAAUGCCUCUAUCAAUGCUUUAGCCGAUUCAAGUGUGAUAGGUUUGGCCAAAUUUGCAGGCGUUGUUCAAUGAGGUGUUCAUUUCCUGUUCAUACAUAUAAUAAAAAACGCUUCCUGUCCGAGCAUCACUAUAGAAGAACUGGCAAUAGCACCCAGAAAAAGUGGACGACUCCUUGUGCAUCUAAACGAGAGACUUGGAGCUGGCAGAUUCCUCUGGAACUCAGCAGGAAGAUGGCUGUCCUGUGCUGGGUGGUUCUGGUUCUGGCCGUCUUCCUGUCUCCUCAAUGCAGUCUAGCCGCUGUAGACGAGGCCUGGCUAACCGACAUUAUACAAAAUCUCAAAAAUGAGUAUGAAUUGGGUGACAGCUACAGUCUGGUUGUCAACAUCCCUGUGAACCAAGACUUAAGCAGUCUUGCAGAAGUUCUUAAGGAUGACCCUGCAGAUGCAGUGAAACAAGCUAUUUCAACGGGUCAAGGGUACCAAGGCACGAGGGUUGUUGCAGCUGCCCAGUCUGGAGCGCUGGCCCAUGUUCUAGAGAAAAUACAGCCCCUCAUAAAAAGCAGUGAUGGUAACGUCCUCAUCGUCUACUCUGAAGGCUACCCUGAUGCAAAUGGCAUUGACAACAAGAUCAGUAACAUUGUUCAGAACUGGAAGAGUUAUGCUUUUGUGUUUUCUAAAGUAGCUGAUGUUGCUGAUGCUGACACGCUUGAGAGGGCUGCAAAGUUCAAAGAGCAAGAGGUUUCAAAGUUUGGGCUGGAAAACAUAUUCCGUUGUUAUGAGCAAAGCGAUUCUUUUCAGUGCACAAACUGCAAAGCAGGCGAUAAUGUUGCACCAUCCUGCGUUGCAGAUACAAUGCAAUCAGAUGCCAACGAAGAGACAGCAGUAGGUGCCACAGAGCCGCCUGCAGGAAGUGAUGAAGGCACAAUUUCAGGUUUAAAUAACGAGUCUGACAUAGGCACAAUCGCUGGCACUAACCAAGAUUAUGAGGGUGGAGGGAUGAUUGAUGUCAUGGGUGGACAGGAACCAAGAAAGGGCAAAACGAGGCAAAAGGGGAAGAGAGGUGGAGAGGUGAAAGAAGGAGGUAAACGUGGAAAAGGAGGCAAGAUGAGAAAAUCACGUAGACGUGGAAAAGGAGGCAAGAUGAGAAAAUCACGUAGACGUGGGAAAGGAGGCAAGAUGAGAAAAUCACGUAGACGUGGAAAAGGAGGGAAGAUGAGAAAAUCACGUAGACGUGGGAAAGGAGGCAAGAUGAGAAAAUCACGUAGACGUGGGAAAGGAGGCAAGAUGAGAAAAUCACGUAGACGUGGAAAAGGAGGGAAGAUGAGAAAAUCACGUGGACGUGGGAAAGGAGGCAAGAUGAGAAAAUCACGUAGACGUGGAAAAGGAGGCAAGAUGAGAAAAUCACGUAGACGUGGAAAAGGAGGGAAGAUGAGAAAAUCACGUGGACGUGGGAAAGGAGGCAAGAUGAGAAAAUCACGUAGACGUGGAAAUGGAGGCAAGAUGAGAAAAUCACGUAGACGUAGAGGUGGGAAGCGUAGAAGCAAGAGAAGGGGGUAGAUAGCUAACAGUGCAUAACAAUCUGCUUUGCCAAAUUUUGAGCAACAAAAACAUUUAACAUUAGUUUUAAAAAUCAGGUACUUUGCAAAAGUGUUUUUACUUCAUUUAAUCUGAUGAAACCAUUGGCUUUGUCUGGCCAAAUAAACAUAAUUCAUUUAUCUGUAUUGACAUGAUUUAUUUGAAAGGAUGCUGUCGUGUUUUGCUUUUCUAUAUCACAGAAUUCCAACUAUUUAUGUGGAACCUUGAUAUUUUUGCUACUUUUGAUUAAAGUUUGCUUUAGCAUUUUAA